GUGCAGCUUGCGGUCGCCAAGAUACGAGCUGACAAGCUGGCGUGCACAGUGUGCUUGGCGGGUGGCUGCCCACCAUCCCAUCGGGAAACGGGACCAUCUAGACCAUGAAGGAACAGGCGAUAAUGAAUUAUUGCAUGGAGAAUUCGGAAAUUUACCAUGUUCCGCCCUCUCGCCAGAUUCUGCUGCCGUGGCUCCCCGUCGUUCGUCAAUGGAUUGGACUGGACUUUCCGGGCUGCGGCUGGAAUAUUUACCCCUCCUCCGUAUCAUGUCCCAAGAUCAGUCAGUCUAUCCUCCAUCUAGGUAGGCCUGUUCGUUCGCCUGUGUUUCUCGUUUGCCCUGCAUCCUCCUGCCUGCAUGCCGCGCUCUAUCACACUCGUUUGAUUGCCCACGACUUGGUACCUUCCUGCUGGCCCUCUCUCUCUCUGUCUCAAGACGCAUCCAGUCGAGCAAUGACCAAAGCGCCUUGACUUUUCGCACCGGUAACCUGUUCCGGAUUGGGUUGACAUCCACAGCAUAGCCUCAAUUGCUUUUUCAGGGCGGUGAGAGCUAUCAAGAAAGCGUUGUUUGGCUAUUGUUUUCUUUGGCGUUGCCGUUGUCACUUUUGUUUUAUUUGAUAAUUUUUUUUUUUGGGGGUGGAGGUAUCUUUUGUGACAAGACAAAGACUUGGGCUUCCGGCCUCGUCCAGUACAGGUCCCUGAUAUCACGCUCGCUAUAAUCCAUAUGAACUGAGGAAGCUGGAAAUCAAUCAUGGUUGCAACUCGUCUGACACUGCUGUCGUUGGCAGCUGUGUCAAGUUGCAUGUUUGGCGUUUUUCGUGGAGAGUCACGAUCAGGUCGCAUUGACCGGAGGUUAAACGGUUCAGGAGGGGAAAGUUCGGCAGACGAUGCCGCUUCUAGCAAUGGUACACCUUUUAGCGAGGAUGUGAUUUCACCGUCCGCAACGCCAUCGGAAGGAGCAGUGUUUGUGCUGUCAUCAGUAGCGUCAGGCAAUGCUGUCGUAUCGAUGUCGUUUGUAUCUGCGGCGUCAACGGCUUACCCGCCUUCCACGUCGUCGACAUCGUUAACAACGGAGACGAUAUUAUUUGCCCAGCCCACCGUAUCUGCUGCUCAAACAGGUCCUGCUCCUCCUGGAGCGGCUAUAGUCAUCAAGACAGUCAGUUCGGGACCGGACGUCACCUCGACUCUGAGUGUUGGGAUUGUAGCACCACCAGCUACAACGUCUGUUCAGGCUGCGGCAGGCAACGUAAAGAAGCCACCAGCGCUACCGUCAAAGCCGAACCUAGCCAACAGCACCGUAACCACAUCCAUGAACUUUUCCAGAACGAUCAGCUCUACCACAGAUAUUUGGACGCUUCCAACCGAGCUUCCCGUCGAUGUCUCGCUUCCAGGUGUGACGUUACCUUCAUUAACUAUCCCAACCAUCUCAUUUGGAGACUGGGUGACAAUCAUGCCGACUACGACCACAACGGCUGCGCCCACCGGUACACCUGGUGGUGGCAUCAGCUAUUGUCAAGCUUCAGACCUGGAGAAGCCCACGACAUCAUACUCUAUAAUUUACUCGACUACCAUCACUUGGACUGGGGAUCCAGACGAAUAUACGGCACCUUUCCCGCCACUCAUCACGCCUAAGCCCUCCUGUGUACAGUCGCCCCAAGCAACCACUCAGGCAGUACGCUAUACCUUGUCCCGAUGCAAUGGUACCGACACCGAGACCGAAUAUCGCACGUGCGAGUUUUCGACGACAACCGUUUACGACGUUGUCACCGGUCGCCCUGCGCCUUCUACAUCUAACAAGGCGAAGGGAACCACGACGGUUCUGGUCACCGACAAAAACCCUGCUGUUGUGUUUCCCACGUCGUCGAUGCCCGACUACGGCGGUGCCGACAGGGACGGCGGCACAAAGUAUAGAGACAAGGUAACUGCGGGUGGUGUUGAUGCUGCUCCGACAACCACCGGCCCAGGGGGAAGCAAACUUGGCAGUGGUAGUGGUAGUGGUAGUGGUGGUGGUGGUGGUGGUGGUGGUGGCGGUAGUGUUCCUGCAGUGCCCAUCACUGUAUCUCUCCGUCCAGGCGCUGUGACGCUGAACGACCAGGUUUAUACGGAUAACCCGGCGCUUAGGACACAGGUCGCGCAGGUCGGCGGGCAGUUGUUCACCAUCGAGCCAACACGCGUGAUCGGCGCCGGUACCACCCUCACCAGGCCGACAGCAAGUGCCACGCCGGCGCCAACAACACCCAUAACGACCGUCGUCGGUGGCGCCCCGGUCGUAAUCAGCUCUGGCGUCGCAGUUGUCGAUGGUACUAGCUUCUCGCUCGAUGGGCCGCCCACGACCAAGGUUGUCCAGGACCAGACCGUGGCCAUUGGCGCUGGCGGCGUUGAAGUUACGGGCCCUACCGGGACCACCCGUCUCGUCAGCUCGCCACGCCACACGGAAGUCGUGGUUGCGGGCGGCGAGGUCGUCACCGCCAUCGGCACGUCGGUGCUGGUGCUACGCGGCACAACCAUAACCUACGGGCCAUCGACGCCCAUCACCAAGAUGAACAUCCAGGGCGACGAAGUCACGGUCGGACCGUCGGGCAUCACAAUCCGCAACAAGGUCCUGGGCGGCGCGUCGGCCCGGGAGUCGGAGACGCAGUACGAGGUCGUCGGCGGCGCUACCAUCACCCAGGUCUCGCCCAGCGUCGUCAUCAUUGCCGGCUCCACCUACACCGUCGGGCCCGGCGCUCCCCAGACGACGGUCGUCAUGGGCGAGCAGACCAUCACGCUCGGCCCUACAGGCGUCGCCGUCUCGACCAUGACCUUGGCCUACCCGCUCGGCGAGACCCCGACUGCAGUCACCAUCACCCCCGGCGCCACCGCCGUGGGCGUGGCGUCUGCUACCACGACGGGCAGCCGCAGCAGUGGCGGCGGUGACAGCAAAGGCGAGGAGGAUGCAGCUGCGGGCCUGAGGCCGUCCGGAGUGCUCUUCAGCAUUUCCUUAUUCAGCAUUGCAUCUGGCGUUUUGGUUUGGGUUCUGUAGACAAUGCAGCGACAUGAAACAUUGCUGCUGCUUUUUCCCCACUCUCUUUUAUUGUAUAAUAUCUUUACUAAAAUCUCUAAUUUUUGUUUAUAAUUGGGGGGGUUCAUGGCGGGAGAAAGACUUUUGGAGACCCCGGGGGAAAAAAAAGCAAAGAAAAAAAAAAGCCGUUUAGGGUCUAAUGGGCAGCGAAAACGAAGGAAGGAAGGGGGCGAAAGGCAUGUUUGCAACGAUGCCUCGGACAAAGGAAUGGCCUUGAUUUUUUGAACCUAUGCACUGAAUUGUGUUUACAGAUAAUGAAUAUCAUGAAAAAUACGAACUUUGUAUCUGAGA